AGAAGACCUGAGGGACGCUUCAGUCAGUUAGCAGCUAGCAGUUAGCUUGUCAACCACAGCUCGCCUUUCUGCAUUUCUCUUCGCUAAAAACAACAUUUCUCUCUAAAGUGACUGCGUGCUUAACGUGACAGAGUUUGGACUUCAAUUUAAGGAAACGCCCCGAGCGUUUCUCCUCCCGCCAUGUCUCACAACAACAACCACCCGUACAGACGCCCGCCUUCUGACUCCGAUCUCAGACCUGGUCCCAGACGGUACGGCUCUUCAGACCGCCACCAUGCCUCGUCAUUGGAGCGUGACGGACCGUACAGCUCUUCAGACCGCCACCAUGCCUCGUCAUUGGAGCGUGACGGAACGUACAGCUCUUCAGACCGCCACCAUGCCUCGUCAUCGGAGCGUGACUUUUCCAGGCCGCCUCGGGAGUCCUCGUCCUCCAGAGGUGCUCCGUGGUCGCAGGACGGCGCUCUCAGCAUCCUGAGCAGCUGUGGGCUGGAGCCUGCCGACCUGGCUCUGCUGGCCGAGCUUCCCGAAGACGUCCUCACCGUCGAGUCCCUGCCUCAGGUCCUCAGGCAGAUCAAAGGAAAGAGGGGUCCCGUCAACGUCAAAGGAAAGAGGGGAACCAUCAAACCUUUCCCUUCCGCUGCUCCGUCUCCUUCCUCUUCCUCCUCUUCCUCAUAUCCCCCCAGCUCUUCCCGCCUCCCUGCUGUCAACCCUCCCUCCUCCUCCACUGGCGCCGCUGGCGAUUGGAAUCCCCCCCGCAGCCAUCUGCCCCGCUACCCGCUGGAUCCAGAGACACCCGGCCCUGAGUCGUCGGAGCUGGACCACUGGGGGAAUCCCAGGACCGGCGGCAGCUCCGGCAGAACUGACCCACCAUUGUCAUUGUUGUCCUCCAGCUACGUGGUGGACUUCCAACACAGACCCGGACCCUUCGGGUACGGCCAGACGGUUAGAGACUAUAGUCCGGUUUCCUCUCAAGACUUCCAACACAGAACCGGACUCUCUGAUUAUAACCAGACGGGUAAAGAUGCCGCUCCAGUAUCGCUUCUAGACUACAACCUUAGCUCGGGAACUUCUGAGUUUGGCCAGACCGGCAGAGACUACGAUCUAGUUUCCUCUCAAGAUUACAAUCCUAGACCAGGAUCCUCUGACUACAGCAAGAAGGGUAAAGAUCCCACUCCAGUUUCCCUUCUAGACUACAACUUUAGCCCGGGACCGCCUGAGUUUGGCCACUCCGGCAGAGACAACAGUUCAGUUUCCUCUCAGGACUUCCAGCACAGACCAGGCCCCUCCGUUUACGGCCAGAUGGGCAGAGAUGGCGCUCCAGUUUCCCUUCUGGCCUUCAACUUUAGUCCUGGACCCUCUUAUGGUAAGACAGGCAGAGACGCCGGCCCAGUUUCCUCUCAAGACUACAACCUUAGACCAGGACUCUCUGAGUAUAUCAGGACAGGUUCAGACAGGGCUCCAGUGCCCCUUCUGGACUACGACCACAGACCAGUGCUUUCUGAUUAUGGUAAGACUGGCACAGACGCCGGUGCAGUUUCCUCUCAGGGUCCACCCUCUUUCAGCUCAGCAGCGGGGCGAGACAAGAGGACUCGUCCUUCCCGUUUCUCUCAGCCGGGCCCGGUUCUGCCUCCUGAAGAGCAGCGUCCGAAACCUCCCCGUCAGUCUGAGACUCCUUCCAGCAGCAGCAGCCGGACCGCCGCAUCCAUGCCCUCCAAGAAAGAAGCUCUGGACUUCCACGGGGCGUCCCCGCCAACGUUCCCGUACUCGUGCUCUCUGUGUGAUAUCACUGUGAUGUCCAAGAAGGUGUGGGAGAAACAUAUAAACGGGCCUCACCAUGCAGACGGACAGCUUAACCUGCUGCAGCAGUUUCCUACCUGGGACUGUCGCAUGGAGACUAUCAGCAGUGUCGACAACCAAUCGGAGCAGAGGAAGGAUGAAGAAAAACCCGCCCAGCCGCCCCAGAAAGCCAAUCAGAGCUCCAAACAGCCACAUAAAAAACCCCAAAAGAAGGCGGCAGAGAAAGGUAAAGUGGUGUGUGUGAAGUUCCCGGCUCAGUCCGUGGACGAGGCGUACCUGAGGAAACUGGUGGAACCGUUCGGAAAGAUCGUCAAGAUCCUGAUGUUUCCGUCUCUGGCGUUUGUGGAGCUGGGCUCCGUCGAUCAGGCCAAGGACUUGGUGAAGUUCCACGCCAACUAUCCUCCAACUGUGAACGGAGAGCCGAUGGAGUUCAGCGUCUCUCACACCUUCAACUUCCUGCAGAGUUCCCGGGUGUUGAGCUUCUCUCCGGCUCCGCCAGACGAGGACAGCCGAUCGGACCUGAUCACCAUCAUCAAACGCUUCGGAGAGCCGCUCUACACACUCUUCCUGCCGUCUAAGGCGUUUGUAGAGAUGAAAAAUACCCCCGAUGCUCAGAAGCUGGUGGAUUAUUAUUCCUCCAAAGCUCUGAAGAUCAACAGUAAAAACAUCAAAGUUUCCUUCUCCGGAGAAUACAAGAGUCUGAUGCGGGUCGCUUCAGCCAAGAGGUACGAAGAAGGAACGAGUUUGGGCAAGAGGACGAGGAGUCCCAGCCGAGAGACGGAAGACAAGACGGCAGAGACCAAGAAGAGGAGGAGCAGUAGAGACAGAGAGGAGGACAGGAAGAAGAAGGAGGGAGAGAAACCCAGCAGAGACGGGAAGACCAGGUCUAAGUCCAGAGAUAAGUCCAGCAGAGACAAGAGGGCCACCACUAAGUCUGGAUCCAGAGAGAAAUCUAAAGAAAAGUCCAGCAGAGACAGGAAGUCCCGCUCGAAGUCCAGGGAUAAAGCCGACAGAGACAAGAGGGCCAGAACCAGGUCCAAGUCUGGAGAAAAGUCAACGAAAGAAGAAAACACCAGAUCCAGGUCCAGAGAUAAAUCUAAAGAAAAGUCUGACAGAGACAGGAAGUCCAGAUCUAAAUCCAGGUCCAGAGAAAAGUCCUGCAGCAGGGACUCUGGGAAGAACCGGUCUACAGAAAAGCCGGGGGUACCGGAGAAAACUGAGACGACGGUCUCCGAGUGCAGGACUGAUCCUGAUCCAGAUCCAGAUCCAGAUCCUGAUCCUGUCAGAGACUCCAAACCUGAAGUUGAAGACAAAGAAGAGACGGAGGAGGAAGCAGAGUCGUCUGCCGAGGAGAGCGACAUCGAGGGGAUGGAGGUGAUCGGAGAGGAUGGAGAGAGCGUGGAGGAUGAAGAUAUGGACACUCUGGGAGACGUUGAUGUAAAGGAGGAGGAAGAGGAGGAAGACAUCUGUCAAACAGAGACAAUAGACUCAUCUGAACAAGAUAAAGAAGAGGAGGAGAUGAAGGAUGGAGAGACUGGUGAACAGGAGAAAGUAACGGAGGAGAAGAAGGUGGAAGAGGACGAAAAGGGGGAAGAGGAGGAGGAGGAGGAGAAGGUGGAAGAGGACGAAAAGGAGGAAGAGGAGGAGGAAUCUAUGGAGGAGGAGGAAGGAGAGGAGAGUCGGCUGGAAGAUAACAGGAAGGAGCGAGAUUUCCCAGUCGACCUGGAGAACUGCAUCACUCUGGAUGAACUGGGAGAAGACCAGUCCCAAGACGCUGAAGGUGGAGAAGUCAAAGCUAAACACAAAUCUUCUUCCUGGUCCGGCCGCGUGGUUUUCUUCAACCACAUCCCGCCGCUGCCCUACAGCGACGCCAACUUCCUCAAUCUGGUCAAAGGUUUGGGGACACCCGUCUUCUUUUACAGGGUCCCCAGAGGCAACAAGGCUUUCAUCGAGAUGUCGACUUCUUCUGAGGCUCGGAGAGUUGUUAAUGAGCUGGCCACUGAACGAGUCCGGAUCAACGGCCACAAAGUCUGUGCCUACAUCUCCACCAAAUACCAGAGACUCAGCGACGGACUACACAGUUGGCCGGUUCCAGUGGCCGAGGACAAGGAGGUUAGGAAGGACAGCAAGAAGAGCGAGAGACGAAGCAGGGACAAGUCUGACGAGAGGAAGUCUAAGGGGAAGAAGGAUUCCUCGAAGAAGACUCCAGAGAAAGAGUCCAUCUCUAAGAACACACCAGAGAAAGACUUGUCUAAAGAGACUCCAGAGAAAGAGUCCAAGUCCAAAACUGUCAAAGAGAAAUCUUUAGAAAAGGAGUCUGCGUCGCAGACUCCAGAGAAGAAGCCGGAAGCGAAAAAGACACCAGAAACUGAACCUGUUGCCAAAACCGUGUCAGAAAAGACCACCACAAGACCGGAGAAAGACUUGGGCAGUAAAACCACCUCAGAAAAAGAAUCUAUGUCUAAAACCAGUCCAGAAAACAAGGCGUUAAAAAGAAAAAGGACCCACGAGGAAGACUCCAAAGUGACUAAAAAGAAAGACAAGAAAGCCACUGAGAAGAGUGAAGAGACUCCGGAGGAAGAAAAGCUAAAGAUCCAUGAAAAGGAAGGAUCGACUGAGGAGAGUCCUGAGAUGGACGAGUGUAAAGCCAAAAAGACUCAAGUGAAAGACGAGUGUGAAGAGAAAGAGAUUUCAGAGACAGAUGAGUGUAAAGACAAACCUACGUCUAAGGAGGACGUAUGUAAAGGGAAGACGUCUCAAGUGAAAGACGAGUGUGAGGACAAAGAGAUUUCAGAGACAGACGGGUGUAAAGAAAAACAUACUCCAAAGAAGGGCGUAUGUAAAGGCAAAAAUACUCCAAAGGAAGAUGUAUGUAAAGGCAAAAAGACUCCAGACACGGACAAGACUCAAAAGUCCCCUGAAGUUCAGGAGGAGCCAUCUGAACCAGGACUGAAGCAUUCGGGGCGUGAGGAUGAACCAGACUCUACUGGAGAUUCUCUUAAAAAGACGCUGGAUGGAACUCCUCAGAAUGCUGCUGCUGCAGAGCUGCAGGUCUCAGAGCAAGAGCCUGGACCUGCAGGGGGCGCUGCAGAGCUGCAGGACUCGGAGCAACAGCCUGGACCUGCAGCGGGCGUUGCAGAGCUGCAGGACUCUGAGCAAGAGCCUGGACCUGCAGGGGGCGCUGCAGAACUGCAGGACUCGGAGCAACAGCCUGGACCUGCAGGGGGCGCUGCAGAGCUGCAGGACUCGGAGCAAGAGCCUGGACCUGCAGGGGGCGCUGCAGAGCUGCAGGACUCGGAGCAACAGCCUGGACCUGCAGGGGGCGUUGCAGAGCUGCAGGAACCCACCAGACCUGUUGGAGCGGAGUUUAUUCGGCCGGUUGUUGGGUACUUCUGUAACUUGUGUCAGCUGAUCUACGCUGAUGAGGACGAAGCCAAACUGCAGCACUGCAGAAGCCUGACGCACUACAGGAAGUACCAGGAGAAGACGGGGAAAGAUCCGUGGGCGAACACGACGACAUAAAAAACACACACAGACUUUGAUUCUUUUAUUCUUCCGAUUUCUUGUUGUGGAACUUGUGAGCAUCAGUUUGAAUUAAUUUAAAGAAAUGUCUGCAGCAGGAACAUCAGAAGAACACGUAGUUUUGAUUUGUUAAAGAUAGAGAAUACUACGGCAGUUUUAAAAGCUGCUGUGGAAACAUCUGGAGCCACUUAUUUCUGUUAAGUUUUGUCGCAUGAAUGUUUUAUUUUGAUAGACUGUAAAACGACUUCCUAAUAAAAGAGUU